UUUCUUCUUUUUAACUGCGUGUUCAGCUGAACUAACAAACAAAGGGAUUCAGUUUACUUUCCUUGGUGAGGUGAAUGUAAUUCGUGUCGUUUGUAUUAUAUCUUCAUGAACUUGUUUAUUUGUUGUGUGGUUUGUGCUCAGAAAUAUUUGUUUCGUUUUUUGGGGUAGGAACUAUGUUUACGUGGUUAGUUUCGGGGGGACAUGUUUUAGUGUCACAGAGCCACCACGUAUGUGAAGUCUUAACUUACGGUAAAACUCAGCAACGGGAUCAUCAUUUUAAGCUAACUGGGGUAGCGAGAGGAGCUAGCCACUCCGCUGGCGGACGGGGCAGCCGGUCAGCCAGCCUGCUAACUACACACCUAUGCUUACAUCCACAUGUACUCAACCAAGGGGAAACGCUUUGGACGGUCUCCCUGCUACUGCCAUUCAACCACUGCAGCUUAUCCAGAAUGCAGCAGCUCGACUGGUCUUCAACCUUCCGAAAUACUCCCACACCACUUCUCCGUUCUCUUCAUUGGUUCCCAGUGGCUGCCCACAUCCAGUUCAAAACAUUGGUACUGACGCACCAUGCUGUGAAUGGAUCGGGACCAGUCUACAUCCGGGACAUGGUGAAACCCUACAUCCCAACCCGCACACUCCGAUCUGCAUCUGCCAAGCUGCUUGUUCCUCCCUCACUGAGAGAAAAGCACUCGGCCAGAUCGCGACUCUUUGCUGUCCUGGCUCCCAGAUGGUGGAAUGAGCUCUUUGAUGACAUCAGGACUGCAGAGAGCCUCUAGAUCUUCCGUUGAAAACUCAAGACACACCUUUUUAGACUCUACCUUGACUAAAACACUAGCAAACCGUAGCACUAACAAAUGGUAGCACUUAAAUUGUACUUAUAAUGGCACUUAUCUUUAACAUGUUUUGAAACUGCUUAGUUGAUGAAAAAUGUACUUUCUUGUUACUUGUGCAUGUGGAAAUGCACUUAUUGUACGUCGCUUUGGAUAAAAGCGUCAGCACUUAUUUAAGAAGACUCCAUGUGACUUAAAAUGUGUUUAAUGAAUCCAGAAUGUAAUAUUUGUUCAGUAUGCAGGGGCAGUGAUUUAUUUAGUCAUGUUUAGUCAUAUUUUGUUUUUUACAUGACAAUAUGGUUUGGUACAUACUGAGUUAAUGAAUAUACAUUCUAAAGUGCAAUGUCCAUAUGUGAAUAAGAGUUCUAUACGUUCAUCAUAGUCAAUAUAGUAUGGAAAUAUCCCUUAUGUAGUUGGUCAAUAGGAACUAUAUUAGGCAGUAAUAACAGCUAAGGUGGAUAUUUCUGGGAAUUAACCUUGAUUGAGACUGCAUCUAUAAGAUAUACAGGACAAGAAAAAUGCACUGGGUGUAAAUUGUACAUGUGUUGAAUUAUACAGAGGCAAACUGGAGAACGAGACAAGUGUUGCUGUGAUGCUUGCGCUUCAGACUCUACCUUUAUUUUACAGGAAUGCAUCUUUUUGUUAUCGUGGUCAUCGUGCCCGAGACCCGUAACAAUUACCCUGCGAUCUCCACCAACUGUCUCUGCUACAUUUCAUUUACUUUUUGCAGGUCUUUUGCAGCCUAGUGUUGGUGGAUUCCGUUUAUGAAGCCACAGACUCAGGUUUGAAUGCCAGCCCCGAGAGUGAUUUAUUUAGUUUCUUUUUGACCCGCGAGUGCGGCCGACCGCUGCCCCCCCGACGUGCAAGGAGAGGCGAAGGCCCGUUCAUCGCUGCUUGCAGCUUUAAUUAUAAGAUUUCCCAUUCACAGGGCCAACCGACACUUCUUCGUUCAUGUUCACUGUGGAUUGUUGUUGUCUGAAGUCAUGAACGCUAGUUGGUGCUCCAGUAUAAUCGGUCCUCCGGAACUCAUCCAGUGAGAAACGUUCCGCGGUGCAAAAAAUAAGUGUAAAAAUGCGUAAAAAAUGUUUAAUGUGUUAUUUUUUGUGUAAUUAAUUAAUCUUAAUUCACAUUGUAAUUAAUUAACGCGCUAAAGU